AUGUUUAAACUCUUGCUAUACAUAAACAACAAGCGUUGUGAAGUCGAUCCUUUAGCGAUACCCGAGAAUUGUAGCCCUCCUAAUUCCUGCCACAUUUUUUCAUUCUUCCAUUUUUUUGUUUUUUUUUUUUUUUCCGCCUCCAUCAUUCCCUUCCAUUUUUCAUUCUUCUUUUUUCCAUUUUUUCUUCCUUUUUUCAUUCUUCCAUCAUUUUUUUUUCUUCCUUUUUUCAUUUUUUUGUUCCUUCAUUUUUCCAAAAUUUGCUCUUUUUUUUUUCCUUUUUCUUCCAUUUCCCCUUUUUUUUUCUUUUUAUUUUUUUCCUUUUUUCCCAUUUUUCAUUCUUUUUUGUCUUUUUUUCUUCCUUUUUUUUCCAUUUUUCAUUUUUUGUCCUUCAUUUUUUCUUCAUUUUGUUCCUCCAUUUUCAUUCUUUUUUGUCCUCCAUUUUUUCUUCCUUUUGUUCCUCCAUUUUUCAUUCUUUUGUGUCUCCAUUUUUUUCUUCCUUUUUUCCAUUUUUCAUUCUUUUUGUGUCUCAAUUUUUUUGUUCUUCCAUUUUUCAUUCUUUUGUGUCUCCAUUUUUUUCCUUUUUUUCUUCCAUUUUUUUUUUUCCUUUUCAUUUUUCAUUCUUUUUUGUGUCUUCCACAAUUUUUUUUCCAUUUUUCAUUCUUUUGUGUUUUUUUUUCUUCCUUUUUUCUUCCAUUUUCAUUCUUUUGUGUCUUCCUUUUUUCUUUUUUGUUCUUCCAUUUUCAUUUUUUUUGUGUCUUCUUUUUCUUUUUUUUGUCCCAUUUUUCAUUCUUUUUGUUCUUCAUUUUUUUUUUUCUUUUUUUUUUUUUCUUUUCUCCUUUUUUUUCCUUUUUUUUCAUUCUUUUUUCUUUUUUUGUCUUUUUUUUCUUCUCUUUUUCUUUUUUUCCUCCAUUUUUCAUUCUUUUUUUUUUUUCUUCCUUUUUUCUUCCAUUUUUUCUUCUUUUGUUUUUUUUCUUCCUUUUGUUUUUUCUUUUUUGUUUUUUUUUUUCCUUUUGUUCUUCCAUUUUUCAUUCUUUUUGUUCUCCAUUUUUUCUUCCUUUUGUUUUCCAUUUUUUUUCUUUUUUUUCCAUUUUUCUUCCUUUUUUCCUCCAUUUUUCAUUCUUUUUGUGUCUUCAUUUUUCUUCCUUUUGUUCUUCCAUUUUUCAUUCUUUUUUGUCUUUUUUUUUCUUCUUUUUUUCCAUUUUUCAUUUUUUUCUCUCCUUUUUUUCUUCCUUUUUUUUCCAUUUUUCAUUUUUUUUUUGUGUCUUUCAUUUUUUCUUCCUUUUGUUCUUCCAUUUUUUCAUUCUUUUUGUCUCUUCAUUUUUUUUUUCCUUUUGUUCCUCCAUUUUUCAUUUUUGUGUCUCCCUUUUUUCUUUUUGUUCUUCCAUUUUUUCAUUCUUUUUGUUUCCAUUUUUUUCUUCCUUUUGUUCUUCCAUUUUUUUCUUUUUGUGUCUUCAUUUUUUUUCUUUUUUGUUCCUCCAUUUUUCAUUUUUUUGUGUCAUUUUCUUUUUUGUUCCUCCAUUUUUCAUUCUUUUUGUGUCAUUUUUUCUUUUUUGUUCCUUCCAUUUUCAUUCUUUUUUGUGUCUUCAUUUUUUUUCCUUUUUUUCCAUUUUCAUUCUUUUUUGUGUUUUUUUUUUUCUUCCUUUGUUCCUCCAUUUUUCAUUCUUUUUGUUUCAUUUUUCUUCCUUUUGUUCCUCCAUUUUUCAUUCUUUUUUUUCAUUUUUUCUUCCUUUUGUUCAUUCAUUUUUCAUUUUUUUUCUUUUCUUUUCUUUUUUUUCUUUUGUUCUUUUUUUUCCUCCAUUUUUUCAUUUUUUUUUCCUUCAUUUUUUUUUUUCCUUUUUUUUCUUCCUUUUUGUUCUUCCAUUUUUCAUUCUUUUUGUGUCUCCAUUUUUUCUUUUUUGUUCUUCCAUUUUUCAUUUUUUUUUUCUUUUUUUCUUCCUUUUGUUCAUUUUUCAUUCUUUUUUUUUUGUCUUUUUUUUUUCUUUUUGUUCCUCCAUUUUUCAUUCUUUUUUUUCAUUCCAUUUUUUUCUUCCUUUUUUCUUCCAUUUUUCAUUUUUUGUGUCUUCAUUUUUUUUCCUUUUUUUCUUCCAUUUUUCAUUCUUUUUUUUCUUCAUUUUUUUUUUCCUUUUGUUCUUCCAUUUUUCAUUCUUUUUUUUUUUUUUUUUUUUCAUUCUUUUUUUUUUUUUUCAUUUUUCAUUCUUUUUUUUUUUCUUCCUUUUUUCUUCCAUUUUUUUUUGUGUCUUUUUUUCUUCCUUUUGUUUCCAUUUUUCAUUCUUUUUUCUUCAUUUUUUCUUCUUUUUUGUUCUUCCAUUUUUUCAUUUUUUGUUCUUCCAUUUUUUCUUUUUUUGUUCCUUUUUUUUCUUUUUUUUGUUUUUUUUCUUUCUUUUUUCCUCCAUUUUCAUUUUUGUGUCUUCAUUUUUUUUCUUUUUGUUCUUCCAUUUUUUCAUUCUUUUUGUGUCUUCAUUUUUUCUUCCUUUUUCUUCCAUUUUUCAUUCUUUUUUUCUCUUCAUUUUUUUUUUCCUUUUGUUCUUCCAUUUUUCAUUCUUUUUGUGUUUUCAUUUUUUCUUUUUUUGUUCUUCCAUUUUUCAUUCUUUUUGUGUCUUUUUUUCUUCCUUUUGUUCUUCCAUUUUCAUUCUUUUGUUCUUUUUCUUUUUUUCUUCCAUUUUCAUUCUUUUUUUUCAUUUUCUUCCUUUUUUCUUCCAUUUUUCAUUUUGUUCUUCAUUUUUUUUCCUUUUUUCUUCCAUUUUCAUUCUUUUUUCUUCAUUUUUUCUUCCUUUUGUUCUUCCAUUUUUCAUUCUUUUUUGUGUCUUCAUUUUUUUCCUUUGUUCCUCCAUUUUCAUUUUUUGUGUCUUCAUUUUUUUCUUUUUUUUUUCCUUUUUCAUUUUCAUUCUUUUGUGUCUUCAUUUUUCUUCCUUUUUUUCUUCCAUUUUUCAUUUUUUUUCUCCAUUUUUUCUUCCUUUUGUUCCUCCAUUUUUCAUUCUUUUUUGUGUCUUCAAUUUUUCUUCCUUUUUUUCUUCCAUUUUUCAUUCUUUUUUUUCAUUUUUUCUUCCCUUUUUCUUCCUUUGUUCCUCCAUUUUUCAUUCUUUUUUCUUCAUUUUUUUUUUCUUUUUUUUGUUCCUCCAUUUUUUUUCUUUUUUGUCUUCUUCCUUUUUUCUUCCAUUUUCAUUCUUUUUGUGUCUUCAUUUUUUUUCAUUUUGUUCUUUUUUUUCAUUCUUUUUUUCUUCAUUUUUUCUUUUUUUUUUCAUUUUUCUUCCAUUUUUCAUUUUUUUUUCUUCAUUUUUUCUUCCUUUUUUUCUUCCAUUUUUCAUUCUUUUUUUUUGUCUCCAUUUUUUUCAUUUUUUUCCUUUUUUCCUUUUUCAUUCUUUUUGUGUCUUCAAUUCCUUUUUUUUUUUUCAUUCUUUUUUUCAUUUUUUUUCUUCCAUUUUGUUUCCAUUUUCAUUCUUUUUGUGUCUUUUUUUUCUUUUUUUCCUUCAUUUUUGUUUUCAUUUUUCUUUUCUUUUUCUUUUUUUCAUUCUUUUUUCCUUUUUUUUUCAUUUUUUUUUUCCUUUUUUUUUUUCCAUUUUUUUUCUUUUAUCAAAUAUGUCUAGCUUAGUUUACAUAAAUCUCUCUCUCCCUGUACCUGUUUAG